AUGGCUCACAACCGCGCCUUAGCCCUUUUCCUCGUUGCCCUCGUCUUUGCCGCCUCAAACCCCCUGGCCCACGGCCUGCAGUUGAAUGUGACUGGCCUAACCGUAAGCGGCCAACUCUGCUGCACGCCCACCGGAAAUUGCCCCGGACAAGGUGUUUCCGGAGCCCUUGUUAGCCUCAACUGCACGAAUUUCCUCGGUGUAACCACCACAGUCGGUCAAACCACGACAGGCAUUAACGGGACGUUUAACAUUACUGUUCCUGGUUUGACCAGUCUUCUUCGAGGCUUGCCCAAUCUUCUUCCGUGUGUUGCCAGUGUUCAGCUCCCUCUCGACCCUGCAAUUUGCCCCGUGCUUUCCACCGUUAACGGCACUCUUGUUGCCACAGUUAGCUUUGUCGGGAUAGUUGUUUCAGCGUUACUCGGUUUUGUUGCAAGUUUUCUCGCCGGCGCAUUCACAUUCCUAGGGAACGUCUAA